GCGCAGUCGAGGUUGCGUCGUUUGCUAGUUCGGUCGGUCCGCUCCGCUCGGUUAGUUCCUCAUGAUAAUCCAAAUUCAUAAUUACACUAUAUACCUAUGAGGAUACAUGAAAUCUGGAGGACAGACAGAAACACACAGAACCCCACACACAGGCAAAUAGGAGAAUCGGGAUCAAUCUCAAAAUAAAUACAAAUAAAUCUGGAGCUGAACCGAGUUAAAUAUGCUUGAUACAGGCACUGACAAAAGAACCGUCGAAUUACCAUUUAUUGUGGAGCGUACGUGUACGGAUUGCGCCAACGACAACAACAACAACAACCUGCGGCCAGAAACAUCACCAUUUACAUCAUCAUCAUCAACUUUAAAAUCAUCCUGCUGCUCAUAUUCAACGCCAAAAGCUAAACUGGGCAACCGGACGGCCAGCAGAUGCCAUCCAUAUGCAAAACUCAUUAGAAAAAUCUAUUUAUGCAAAUGUAAUCGAAUGGCAACAAGCUGUAUAUAUUUUGUAUUAGUUUUAGCGAUCUUAAGUCUAGGAAAUACUAGUGCUGCUUUUCAAAAUAAUAUUACAUCAAAUUAUAAAAAUAAUAAUAACAACCAUAAUAAUAUUGAAAGCGUAAGCGAAACUCAACAUUCUGCUGGAAUACUCGACAUUGAUGCGAGCGCCAGUGAAUUCUCUCCAAUCAAUAACUACUCGAAAUACCAACAACCAUACAAAAGAAUAGCAACGAAAUCAAUUGGAAAUCGUAAUAGCACACAUCCAACACUGAUCGUCGCUGAGACUGACUCUGAGGCUAACAAUACUCACAAUAACAACACCAACAACAACAACAACAAUAAGAAUACAACAUCCAGUGCGAAACAACCGAAGGAGAAGAACGCUGAACAGACUGAGAAGCAUCAUUUCGACGAUAUUGAAAUAUUUGGUGCGUAUAGCAUACCCGACGAUCCCAUCUACACAAAUGAAUUUGCUGUCCAUAUACCGGCUGGCAAAUAUGUGGCUGACAGCAUAGCUGACAAAUACGGCUUCACCAAUCAGGGACAGAUUGGCGCCCUUGACGACUAUUAUCUGUUUCAGCAUCAUCGUGUGUCAAAGCGUUCGCUUCGUUCAAGUCGCAAGCAUCACAGUGCCUUAAGUUCGGAGUUCGAGAUAAAAUGGCUGCAGCAACAGCACGAGAAGAUCCGCCAAAAACGGGAUGGCCCUUAUCAAGACAUACCCACCUACAGUCCGUACAAUAUAUUGCGCCAGAUUAAUGACUACGCUAUCGAUCCGCAUACGAAUACGCAUUUUUCAUAUUCCCCAGGCCCAUCAUCUUUGGCUGGAACGCAUUCACCGCGCCUCGAGUACCGUGACGUCACCUCGCAUCUCCUAUUCUCUGAUCCGUUGUUUAAGGAACAGUGGUAUUUGGUGAGUAAAAACGGUGGAGCUAAGGAUGGCCUUGACAUGAAUAUCGGUCCCGCCUGGCAGAAGGGCUACACGGGCAAAGGUGUCGUUGUGUCCAUUCUAGAUGACGGCAUUCAAACUAAUCACCCGGAUUUGGCUCAAAACUAUGAUCCGGACGCCUCAUUUGAUAUUAAUGGCAACGAUUCGGAUCCAACGCCUCAGGAUAAUGGUGACAAUAAGCACGGCACCAGAUGCGCCGGAGAGGUGGCCGCUGUUGCCUUUAAUAACUAUUGUGGAGUUGGUGUUGCAUAUAAUGCCAGCAUUGGUGGUGUACGCAUGCUGGAUGGCAAAGUGAAUGAUGUGGUUGAGGCACAAGCAUUGAGUUUGAAUCCAUCGCAUAUCGAUAUAUAUAGUGCAUCUUGGGGACCAGAGGAUGAUGGCUCUACGGUCGAUGGGCCCGGUCCGUUGGCGCGUCGAGCCUUCAUCUAUGGCGUAACCAGUGGACGUCAGGGCAAGGGCUCCAUAUUUGUGUGGGCUUCGGGCAAUGGCGGUCGCUAUACCGAUUCGUGCAACUGCGAUGGCUACACCAAUUCCAUUUUCACACUGUCCAUUUCGAGCGCUACGCAAGCUGGUUUUAAGCCAUGGUAUUUGGAGGAGUGCUCCUCAACUCUGGCUACGACCUACAGUUCGGGAACGCCGGGUCACGACAAAAGCGUGGCGACUGUGGACAUGGACGGACGCCUGCGACCCGAUCACAUCUGUACGGUGGAGCAUACGGGCACAUCGGCAUCGGCACCGCUAGCGGCUGGCAUAUGCGCCUUGGCGCUGGAAGCGAAUCCAAAAUUAACUUGGCGCGAUAUGCAAUAUUUGGUCGUUUACACGUCGCGACCGGCGCCACUGGAAAAGGAGAGCGGUUGGACACAGAACGGAGUUAAGCGCAAAUACAGUCAUAAGUUCGGCUACGGUCUGAUGGAUGCGGGCGCUAUGGUAACUCUGGCGGAGCAAUGGAACUCGGUGCCGCCACAGCAUAUAUGCAAGUCACGUGAGAACAACGAGGAUCGCAAAAUUGAGGGUGCCUACGGCUAUACGCUAGCAACGCACAUGGACGUCAAUGGCUGCGCCGGCACCAUCAACGAGGUUCGCUAUCUGGAGCACGUGCAGUGCCGCAUCACAUUACGUUUCUUUCCACGCGGCAAUCUACGUAUUUUGCUGACAUCGCCCAUGGGCACGACAAGCACAUUGCUGUUCGAACGGCCGCGUGACAUUGUCAAGUCCAAUUUUGAUGACUGGCCGUUCCUCAGUGUACACUACUGGGGCGAGAAGGCCGAGGGACGUUGGACACUGCAGGUGAUCAAUGGUGGUCGGCGACGCGUCAACCAGCCCGGCAUCUUAUCGAAAUGGCAGCUGAUCUUCUAUGGCACCUCAACGCAACCAAUGCGACUCAAAUCAGAGCUGUUGAAUACACAAUUGCGUAACAGUCCCAUUGCGAACAAUCCGUUCCUAUUUUCCUCGGCCUCCAAUAUUGGGCAACCGGCCAACGAAGGUGGCAACUUCAAUACGGACAACUAUGCCAGCUAUCUGAACUACCAAAACAUAUUCAGCAGCGCUGGCUCCAGUCCCGAGGUAGCAACCGCAACGCUCGACGGCCACAAUGUGUCGACAGCAGCAGCACCAGCAGCUGUCCAGACCCCCAAACCCUUGGCCAAUGGUGAUAACAAAGUCAUACUUUAUUCCUGCGAUGCCGAGUGCGAUUCCCUUGGCUGCUACGGACGUGGACCCACACAGUGUGUGGCAUGCAGCCACUAUCGAUUGGAUAACACUUGCGUCAGCCGUUGUCCGCCGCGCUCGUUCCCGAAUCAAGUUGGCACAUGCUGGCCGUGCCAUGAUUCUUGUGAAACCUGCGCUGGGGCUGGUCCAGACAGUUGUCUUACCUGUGCCCCGGCACACCUGCAUGUCACUGAUCUCGCCGUUUGCCUGCAAGUUUGUCCCGACGGUUACUUUGAGGAUAUUAAGAAUCGAACGUGUGUGCCUUGUGAGCCCAAUUGUGCGUCGUGUCAGGACCGUCCCGAGUACUGUACCAGCUGUGAUCAUCACCUCGUCAUGCAUGAGAACAAAUGUUACUCAGCGUGUCCCUUGGAUACGUACGAAACGGAGGAGAAUAAAUGUGCCUACUGUCACUCCUCGUGCGCCACAUGCAACGGAGCCACCGAAAAUAACUGCAUCACUUGCCGACCUAGUCGAUAUGCGUGGCAAAAUAAGUGCCUUAACAACUGCCCGGAUGGCUUCUAUGCGGAUAAGAAGCGCCUGGAAUGCCUGCCCUGUCACGAUGGUUGCAAGUCGUGUAGCAGCAAUGGCAUCUGCACAGAAUGCCUGCCAAAUUGGCUGCUCAACAAGAAGGACAAAUGCGCUGCGGCCGGCAGUGACAGCUGUUUUGAAUCUGAAUAUUAUAGUCACAGUGAGGGCAAGUGCAUGCCGUGCUACGACUCUUGUGAGACUUGCAACGGGCCACUAUCAUCGAAUUGCCUGUCAUGCCAUCAGAAUCGCUUGCUGGAGCAGAGCAGUUGUGUGAGUGGCUGCCAAGAUGGCUUCUAUAUGGAGACGGGCGUCUGUACGCCCUGUUUGCAUACUUGCACCCAGUGCGUGUCUCGCACCAAUUGCAGCAAUUGCUCCAAGGGACUUGAACUACAGAACGGCGAGUGUCGCACAACAUGCGCCGAUGGCUACUACAGCGAUCGCGGCAUCUGUGCCAAGUGCUAUCUUAGUUGUCACACUUGCAGUGGGCCCCGUCGUAAUCAGUGCGUACAGUGCCCGGCUGGGUGGCAGCUAGCAGCUGGCGAAUGCCAUCCGGAAUGCCCCGAAGGAUUCUACAAAUCGGAGUUUGGGUGCCAGAAAUGCCAUCACUACUGCAAAACCUGCAACGGCGCUGGCCCACUGGCAUGCACAUCAUGCCCCCCACACUUUAUGUUGGAUGGCGGCCUUUGCAUGGAAUGCCUUAGCUCUCAGUACUAUGAUACAACAACACAGACGUGCAAGAGCUGCCACGAUUUCUGUCGCUCUUGCUUUGGCCCCGGCCAGUACUCGUGCAAGACAUGCGCUCCGCCCCUCCACUUGGAUCAGUUGAACAGUCAGUGUGUGCCGUGCUGCCAGAACAAAAGCGGGGGCGGCGAUAAUGAAACUGAAUCUGAAAACUGUUGUCACUGUGACAAGGAGACGGGUGAAUGUAAGACUGCCUCAACAGCUGGAAAGCGUCGCACUGUAGUGAGUUCCGACAGAAUAUUCAGAAAUAUGGAUCGAGGCGAAACUAACGGCGAUGGCAAUAGCAAGGAAUUUGUUUUGCGCCUCGACUCACCACUGACAGCCAUCACAGCAAUUGCAGUCGCCAUCUGUUUGCUGAUAAUUACGAUAUUCUCCAUAAUAUUUGCAGUUUUGCAGCGCAAUAGUAACCAUGGAUCGAGAAAAUCUGUGAGAUACAGGAAAAUAAAUAGCAGAUCAGGCAGUCACAAGAGCGAUCCCAGUAAUGAAGCUAGAUUUAUAUUCAAUGUGGGUGAAAACGGUGACGAUACGGAUGAUAACACUGAUGACGAUUUAGAUGUCAGCGAAAGAAAGAAGGUACUCUACGAACCGAAUGGUCCAAUGAAUGGAAGCGAAAUUUUGAUUAAAAGUACAAAUGAUAUUGAUGCGAUCGAGUUUCAGUGCAAAGGUGCAGAAUUCGAUUCCCAUUACAAUGCGAACAUAAACUUAAACACCGAAUGCACCAAUCCCACGUAUAUGAAUCAUGCAACGAACAGUAGAAGCAGCAAAAGGCAAAGCAAUAACGUUCAUAGCUGAUUCAUUGAUAAAUCUAAUGUGAAUGCACCAAUAGCCGCAAUAGCAACACCAAUAACUUUGAUCCUGAAUUUUCUGCUCUGGACUAGCAAAUUUUAACCAUACUUGAGGAAUGUAGCGAAUCGAAAUAUUUAACAUCCGAAAUGAUAAAUGAUCCGAAAUUUAUAUGUGAUUGUGAAUUGUUUUUAUAUAUAUAUAUUUGUAAAUUUAAUGUUUGUAUUAAAUUUUUAUGAAAAAUGUUAUGUCAAGUU